AUGCCUUCUAUCCCUGAAGAGCCUCUUCUUGCUCCAAACCCAGAUCGCUUCUGUAUGUUCCCAAUUCAGUACCCUCAAAUUUGGGAAAUGUACAAGAAAGCCGAAGCUUCCUUUUGGACAGCCGAAGAGGUCGAUUUGUCUGAAGAUCAACGUCACUGGGACUCGUUAACAGACGGCGAGAGGCACUUUAUCACCCAUGUUCUUGCCUUCUUCGCCGCCUCCGAUGGCAUCGUUUUGGAAAACCUGGCCGGACGAUUCAUGAAAGAGGUUCAAGUUGCGGAGGCGCGUGCUUUCUACGGAUUCCAGAUUGCCAUCGAGAAUAUCCACUCCGAGAUGUACAGUUUGCUUCUGGAAUCCUACAUAAAAGACUCUAAUGAGAAAAGCAGACUCUUCCGAGCAAUCGAGACUAUUCCGUGUGUUGAGAAGAAAGCGAAUUGGGCUCUCAAAUGGAUCGAUGGCUCGGAGACGUUUGCAGAGCGUAUUAUCGCUUUCGCUUGCGUUGAAGGGAUUUUCUUUUCCGGAAGCUUCUGCGCGAUUUUUUGGUUGAAGAAACGUGGGUUGAUGCCUGGAUUAACCUUCUCGAACGAAUUAAUCUCGCGAGAUGAGGGAUUACACUGUGAUUUCGCUUGUUUGCUAUAUGGGUUACUGAAGACGAAGCUGAGUGAGGAACGAGUCAAGGGAAUCGUCUCCGAUGCGGUGGAGAUUGAAAGAGAGUUCGUCUGCGACGCCUUACCUUGUGCUCUUGUAGGGAUGAACGGGGAUCUGAUGAGUGAAUACAUCGAAUUCGUUGCUGAUAGGUUAUUGGGUGCAUUGGGAUAUGGGAAAUUGUACAAUGCCCAGAACCCGUUUGAUUGGAUGGAACUGAUUUCGUUACAGGGGAAGACCAAUUUCUUCGAGAAAAGGGUGGGUGAGUAUCAGAAAGCUUCUGUGAUGUCGAAUUUGAACGGAAAUGGAGACUCUCAUGUUUUCAAAAUGAAUGAAGAUUUCUAA